UGUAGCAAAUAGGAAAAGAAUUGCCAGAUUGGGCUAGGCAGAAAAGUUUAGAGUGAUGGAAGGCAAAGAUGAUGAUGAUGAUAGGAAGAUAGAAAAAACAAACAAGCGUUUGUUCAAACUUUGCAUGAAAGGAAAAUGGAAGAAAGUGGUUGAAACGUACGAGAAGGAAAAGAAUGCUCACACUGAAAGGAUAACGAGGACAGGUGACACUGCAUUGCAUGUAGCAGUCACCGAUGGUCAAGACGACGUCGUGCUGCAACUUGUGAAACUGAUUUGCUCCGUGGACAAAUUGGCUUUGGGAAUUACGAAUGAGAGAAAGAACACGGCCUUGCACUUUGCGGCUUCAAUGGGGAGCGUGGAGAUGUGCGAGUGCAUUGCUUCUGCGGAUGCUUCGUUGUUGAGCGUUCGCAACGUUGAUGGAGAGACCCCUCUCUUUCUCGCUGCUCUCCAUGGCAGAAAACAAGCUUUUAUGACCCUUCAUUACUCUUGUAUCUACCACACCAACCCAAAGGAUUCCAACUACUAUUCUAACUGCAGAAGAGCCGAUGGUGACACCAUUCUUCAUUCUGCCAUUGCUGGAGAUUAUUUUGAUUUGGCAUUCCAAAUAAUGAAUUUAUACGGAGAUCUUGCAAACUGGACGAACGAGAAUGGCUUCACUCCUCUUCAUGUCCUGGCAAAUAAGCCUUCUGUUUUCAAGAGUGGUUGCCACUUGGGACGAUUUGAAGCAAUUAUUUAUUACGCAAUUGUUGUCAAGGAGCUCAAAGUUGAAACCAAGCUUCACUUGCAUUGUCCAACAGCCAACAAAGAAAAAAACAAUUAUCCAGGAAAUUACCGGACGUUUAUAGAGCUAUGGAGGCUGACAAAAAAAUUCACCUCAGUUGUGACUCAUCCCUUGACACAAUUUGUAAAUAAAAAGUUGCCACAAAACGAUCAAAAUGGAACUCAAAGAGACAUUGAAGCGUCGAAAAAUAAUGGAGCUGGAAAAAAUUCUUCAGGAUCAGAAACCAGCAAUUGGUCACAUCCAUUAUUUCCAACCAAUUACAGAACUUGUGUGGACUUCUUCAAGUUUGUACUUAUGGUAAUGUCGGUAAUCUUGGGAACAGGGUCAGACAUGAUAAGGAGGAUACGGAAGAAAAAGGAAAAACACGUAUGGUCUGCUCAAAUAAUGGAAAAACUUCUGGAGCUCGCUUGCUUGUAUGAGUAUGAUGAAAAUGGCGGCAGCAUACCGGGGGAUAAAGAUCCAGAGACAAGUCCUUAUGAUUUUGAUGAGAAGGGUAGGGCUACUUUGCGUGAUAUCACUGAAGAACAACCUUCCACCACCAAUGGAGAGGCCAAGCAACAAAAGAAUGGAGAAAAGAAAAAUGAACAAAAGAUGCCGGAGACACCGAUAUUAAUUGCUGCGAGGAACGGUGUGACAGAAAUGGUAGACAAAAUCAUAGACUUGAUUCCGGUAGCUGUUCAUGACAUUGAUGCGAUGAAGAAAAAUAUAGUGCUAUUGGCAGUAGAGAACAGGCAAACGUAUUUAUAUGACUUCUUGCGGAAGAAGAAUUUAAAGGAAAGUAUAUUCGGUGCAGUGGAUAGAGAGGGAAACAGUGUAUUGCACUUGGCAGCCAAGCUUGGAGACUACAAGCCUUGGCUCAUUCCUGGUGAAGCUCUGCAAAUGCAUUGGGAAAUCAAGUGGUACUUGUUUGUUAAGGAAUCGAUGUCACCUCAGUUCUUUCGUAGAUACAACAAUGAAAACAAGACGCCAAGAGAUAUUUUCAGCGAAACUCACAAGGACCUUGUCAAGAGUGGCGGAGAAUGGUUGAAAAAAACCUCUGAAUCAUGCUCCUUGGUAGCAGCCCUGAUAGCCACUGUGGCCUUUUCCACAUCCACUAGUGUCCCCGGCGACUUCAAAGAUGACACCGGCGCCCCAACCCUUGAAAACAUGCCAGAAUUCAAAGCAUUUGCAUUCUCAUCUCUCAUUGCUCUUUGCUGUUCGGUCACCUCCCUGGUGAUGUUCCUCUCAAUACUCACAUCUCGGUUUCAAGAACGUGAUUUUGGAAAAAAUCUUCCCAGGAAGCUGAUCCUAGGUUUGACAUCGUUGUUCAUGUCCAUUACGUCCAUGAUGGUUUGUUUCUGUACUGGCCAUUUCUUUGUGCUGAAGGACAAACUCAAAUCUGUUGCAUUUCCUGUAUAUGCCGUGACAUGCCUGCCAGUGACACUUUUUGCCUUGGCUCAAUUUCCACUCUACAUUGAUCUCAUAUGGGCUACUUUUAAGAAAGUACCACAGCGUGGCUACAAAACCUCUCUACAUUAGUUCUACAGCCAGCAUUAUAUUUGACUUUAAAUUAUGCUGCAUCUGUAAUCUAAUAUUUGGUAUUUGGAGCUUAAACUUUUUUCUUUUUUUCUUUUUUUUGUUGGGGGU